UAAAUGUCUUCUGCUCAAGUUGCUGGCUAUACUGUUUCCAAGACCACACCUUUAACUAUCACUGUGGAUGAAGCUAUCUCUAGUUCAAGAAAAUCAAGCUCGUUCCUCUUACAUAUGCUUGUCAUGAUUGAGCCUCAUCAAAUCAAGACAAAUGAAAUUGCAAAGGAUGCUUACAAUGAAUGCAUGCAAUUAAAGGAAUAUCUCUCUGAGCAACUUUGGUCCGAAGUCGAUAAUGAUGGUAUUUCUUCUGUUCAAGCAGCACUUGAUGAUCUUAACCAAGCCUUAAACAAGUACGAAAUGACUAAUGAUAUGAUUGAUGGUGAAUGGGAGUUUGUAGAGUCUACUUCUAGCUGUGUCUCCACAUAUUAAUUCAUCAUUUUGUACUACUUUCGCAUUCCUUUUAUACUCCUUAAUAUCAUCAUUAGUAUCAUCGUCAUCAAAACAAAUCUGUACGUUUUUAUGUACAAUUGUCAUACAGUCAGGCUCAUGAGAUUUGGCGCUUUCUUAAAAAUAAUUGGCCUCAAGUCAUAAAUAAAUGAAUAAAAAAAGUUAUCGCAACUUGACCUUCGUGCUAAUGAUGAGGUCAGGCUUUUUGCCUUUUUGAUUGGGAAACACUCCGUCCACUGCAAAGAAAAAAAAGUUUAUGCGUAAAUAUACUCUUAAGAGAAAGAGAGGAUCAUUUUCAAUUGACU